AUCUUUCCUGAUUCGCGAAAACAACAACAACAUGUUUUUACUUCCACGAAAAAGGAUCGUUUGGAAUGGAAACGCGUCAACUUUGUGACGUCAUUUUCUUACUUUUUGAUUGUUUUCUUUUUGACAGCUAGGUAAAUGAAGCAAUCACGGAGAGGCAUCAGAACGAUGCAGUUUAUGCGAUUCUCUUACGAGGGGCAUCGUAAAAGAAUCAUGUGAGGGAUCGUUUUACGGCCCGUCUAGUAAAUCAUCUUCAGUCGAUGACUAACAGAAUGGCCCGUUAACAUAGCAGGGGUGUUGGUGGGCGACGGGAAAUAACGUUGGGAGGAAGAAGAAGAAGAAGGUGGUACAGUGGGAGAGAGAUUUCUGGCAAUCUAGUGACGACGAGUGUUUUUUAAAACGGCCAAUGAAUUGACUUAAGGACGCCAUUUGACAGUAGAUUACAAUAGCGGCGGCGGCUUUUCUUCAAGUGUCUUUAAGAGACAACCGGCCGCAAUCGCCGGGCAGUGGAAGGGAGCGCGAGCUUGGGCGGGCCCCGUGUCAAAACACGAUCACCUUUUAAUAGUUGAGUCAAAGUGGUCAUUUUAUACUUGAUGGGCACAUAACACGACCCCUAAACAGCCGUAAACAGCCACCCAGCAGCAGGCCCCUAUGGUUUUUCUCUCUGUUUCUUUUCUCUUCUACAUACUUGUUUUUCUUUUUUUUAUUUUCUUCUCUAUGAUGGCCCGAUUCGAGCCUGUUCGACUUGGCUCAGCAGCAAUCACAACAAACAAACCAUUUCCCCUCCGGUUCGCAAUACCCUUCUUCCCGUUUCUACCGAACAUUUCUUUCAAAAUUCAUAACUGAAACGCCAUUUUAUAAAUGUGUCCAACUAUUGUGUGCAACUUCGAAAUUCGUAUUGGUAUUUUAAGUUGGGAUUUUCAAAAAAAAUUUCUACCCAAUUGGUAAGACUGAAUUCAGAGGCCUUGUGUUAUCCUUGUGCUUCUCUUUGUGCGUCCACGCCGACAGGGUUCUUCCUCUUCUCUGUAUACAUACACAUUCACACACAGACGCUGCUAGGACACAUGCAAGCAAAAGGCCUGCUGUCAUUCCCAAUUUUCUUGUUUCUUUUCAAAAAGAAGGAAAUUCUUUUCCGUGCUCAAUUUUAUUGUCUAGUUAAGAAAUUUCCAAGUUUGUAUUUUUUUAUUUUUCGAAAUUUUUAUUUUUUUCCCCUUUUUUGAAAAGAAUUGAAACGAGUAGGAAAAAGGAGAGAAAAAAGAUGAAAUCAUCCAGCCUAAUCACAACAUAGUGGUGUUCAUUAAUUUUACAGCUAAGGUUAUGGAGCCGCCGCUACCGCUGCUCCUGGGCUCCUACCACCGCCGACACACAUACGCGCUCCGUCGUCGGGCGUUGUUCAGACCGCAGAAAUCGCUAAAAAUUCCUUUAUGAGCUCGUUAAAGCAUAAAAUAAGCGCUUUAAUGUGUCGUAUAAGCAGAGAAGCCCGUCAAGAGGAGGUGGUGGUGGUGGUAGAAGAGAGAGAAGGUCAGAAGAAGAAGAAGAACUAAACAGCAGCAGCAGCAGCAGGUCCCUUGCGUGUGUGUGUGUCUGUGUCUGUGUGUACGUACGUGCGUUUGUGUUUGUUUAGUUUCGCGGAUGCGCUUCAAUGAGGGAAGGAAAAACAAGACACACACACAGAGAGAGGAGAAAAACCUUUUUUCUCCCCCCUUCUGGCCUCAAAAAAGAAAGAAGAAGAAGGAGGCAGUUGGUUACAUUUGGUCGAUGAGCGCUAACGAAACGUCCGGCCCACCCAUCUCAAGAGUUGACGUCCAUUCAGUGUCGUUGUCAGACGUCAAAAAAGUACAUCGCGAUAAUUACAGUGAGAAGAAUUUGAAAUUUUUUUCCGGAUUUGGAUGUGUCCACCGAAAAGGAUCGUCGCAAUUCAAGACGGCAGAUAUACCCAGACUGGAAGAAGUAUAGGAGAAUAUCCUCCCUCCCACUUUUUGGACGGAGCUCCUCCUGCCCAGCCCCUCUCAAGGCACCAGGAGCUGCGGCAUCGAAAGCCAAGGCGGCAUUCUCGGUCCGACUUUACUCUCUCGACUGACGUUAGACUUUUCGCGUGCGCGGAGCUCCUUCUUGCACACACACACACAACACGCACACAAAGUUCUGUCCGUCCGUCGGGCUCGGCAGCACGUUUCGUCCCGUCUCGCAUCUCCCGUCGUCCGACAUAGUGACUCUUGUGUCUUCUACCGAGUGACGUUCAAUUUCACAUUCGACACACUUUUAUUUGUUUGGUUGGAAAAGAACAUUUAGAAACAUAUUUCGUGUCGACUGUGAACCGGCCGCGCAAAAUAGUGCAGAUACUUAAUCGUCGUUUUGUUGUUGUUGAGACACUUUUUUAUUUUCCCGAUUGAAUUAUUGUUGCGGGAAAAAAAAAUAAUUUUGAAACCGAUCGACCGAGUGAGGAGGACUUUCACGAUUUCUCUUCAAUAUUUUGGCUCCAAGAAAAAAAGAAGGCGUUUUGUGGACUGCUGAGCUUCUACUUGCGUUCAGCCGUGAACGAUUUUUCGAGAGUGAACACGAAAAAUCGCAAUUUCGGAAUCACAACUGCACGGGCGAUUUGAAAAACGGAAGAAAAAUAUCGUCGAAUCCAACUCUCGAAUUCAAUUUUUCCCCCCGUCUUCUCCAGGAUCCAAAGAAAAGAGAAGAAAAGGAAGUUGGUCGCUCGAUGAUCAGCAGCUUAGCGCCCGGACGUCAAAACGGCAGCCAAGGCUCAUCCAGCGCUUCUCUCAGCGAUUCCGGCAUCGUCGCCGUGGAAUCAUGUCCUUGAGCCGCACUGUCGGCCGAGGACGACGAUGAACGGUUCGCUCUACGACGAUAGUCCGGUGGUGGGGUCGGCAGCUGAUCAGCACCGACGAUCAGCGAUUGCGUCAGCAGCUCAACAACAACAACAGCAACAACAACAACAGCAGCAGCAACAGCAACAGCAGCAGCAACAACAACAAGCGUCAGCGUCAGUAGGUCCAGCUUCGUCCACCAACGGAAACGUCCGAGGAGAACAAGACGAUCCUAAUCCGAAUCACCAACUCUCACCGUCUGCCGGUGGUGGCAGUUCGAGCGGCGGAAGUUCCGGUCCGUUGCACAUUCCGGCUAAAAGACUGGCGGUCGGUCAGACAGCGGCCGGUCCCGGAGCCUCAUCCUAUCCGGGACAUCACACCCAUCAUCACGUGACUCAUUCUCAUCACGAUCCAAACAGCGGAGGAGGCGGAGGCAGCGGCGGAGGCGGCGGAGGAGGUGGAAUCAACGGCGACUCGAGCGGAACCAGCAGUCUACUAAGAGCCCAGCCUUGGCCGUACAGCGUUGGUGACGUCCAGGGUCAUUCGGCCGGCUCGUUCGAUCCUCAGUCGUACAGUCCCAGUUCGUUGGUACGCGACGGAAUGGCCGCAGCAGCUGCAGCCGCCUAUUACGGCGCCGAUCGGGCCAAAGCGGCGCUCAGUUUCUGGCCCAGCGACUACGGCAAAUACGGGGCGGCCGCGGCGGCCGCCGCUGCCGGUCAAGGACCUUCAGCCGGUCUCCCCACCUCGGCCGAAGCGGCCGCUGCCAACGCCCAGUUCAACGCCCAAGCCGCUUGGUGCGGUUACGCCGGAUACGGCGGACGCGUUCCCGAACCUCACGGGCAUCCAGGACUCGGUCCGACUCCUGGACAACCUGGAAUGGGCGUACCUGUGUCGGUGGCCGGUUAUCUGGCCGCCGAAGCUCACGAAGCUCGUCGCGGCGCCAUGGACGCCGCUGCCGCCGCCGCCUGCGGCUUCACCCACGACAGUUACGCCGGACUGCGAGGCUACGGACCCGGUCCCGAUGGCAUGCCGCCAAGCGUCUACGGCCCUGGUUCUUUAGGGCCGAAUCCGCUGGAAUGGACGGGCCAAGUGACGGUGCGCAAGAAGCGGAAACCUUACUCGAAAUUCCAGACGCUGGAGCUGGAAAAGGAGUUCCUGUUCAACGCCUACGUUUCCAAGCAGAAACGCUGGGAGCUGGCGCGCAAUCUCAACCUGACGGAGCGUCAAGUCAAGAUCUGGUUCCAGAACCGGCGGAUGAAGAACAAGAAGAACAGCCAGAGGCAACAGGCCGGUGGCAACAGCAGCAACAACAGCGGCGGAGGCAAUGCUAAUGCUAACGCCAAUGCCCAUCACAACAGCAGCCAUCAUCACCAUCAUCAUCAUCACGGCCCGCCCGACGGUCACCACCACCAUCACGCCGGACCCAUCGGGCCCGUUGUCCACAACGGCGUUCACAACAUUUGCUCGGCCAAGUGACGCCAUCCCUCAUCCGCCACAGACAACAACAACCAAUUUCUACUCUUGUGAAAAGCACACACACAAGGUCUUUAUAAGGCUUGCGGAGAAUCAAAGACGCAGAAAAAUGGACUUGUCGUCUGUUGUUUCAACAAAAAAGGGAAAAAAACAAAACAAUUGUUUCUAUUUUUUUUUUAUCUCCCGAAUUAUUUUAGACACUUUUUUAAUAGGCGCUACCUCGUUAUAGAAAAAAAAAAAAACUUUCCUUUUCUUUUUUCACCUUGCUAAAUAUUAUUAAACGUUUUAUUUUAUUUUUUUCCUUUGGUCCCCCUCUCAUUUCUUUUUAUCGUGUUUGUUUUUUGUUUGAUUUCAACAAAUUUUUUCUUUUUUUGGUUUUAAUUUGUGCGUGUUGCAAUUGUCGCCGGUUAUUGAUCAGUGUAGUUUUUCUCUCUCUCAAAAUUUAAUCUCUGCAUUCAUUUUAUAUACUCUUUUUACUUUUGAACUACCAUAUUCUCCUCUCUCUCUCCUUCUUCUUCAACUCUCUCAAAGAUAAAAAAAGAGAGUUGAUGAUGAUGAUGAUAAUGAUGAGUGUAUAUAUACACCUCAGGUAGUGUUCCUAUAGGUAGCUGAAAGCCCAAGAAUGUUAUUUUUCAUCCCACGUUUUCUUCUUCUUCUUCUCGUUAUCCCCUCCUCCUACUUUUAUCGGUAAGGUUUUUCGUUUUUUGGGCAUCUUUUCUGUUUGUUUAUUAUUUUUUACCUUUUUACCUGAUGAAAAAAUAUUAUCCCCCCGCGUGUGUGUGUGUGUCUUUUCUCUGUUUGUAGUCCGCUAUACUCUAUUUCUCUAUUAUUACUAUUAUAAAGAUUUGUGUGAGUGUGUGUGUGUGUACGUGUGUGUCGGUGACCGAGUCCCGACCGUUGGAGCAAAACGCGGACGAAACCAUAAAAUUUUUCUUUUAAGUUUUCCCCCCAUCUUUCAGCCCCAUUUUUCACCGGUUCAUCCCCCCCCACUCUAAACUCAUCAAAGUACCUCCCCAAUGACAAUCCCAAAGACGGAGGAGAGAAUCCCAGUGGAAUGUUUUCAACACCCAGAAAACAUUUUUUUUUUAUUUUUUGGGGGUCCCUUUUGCAGUGAACCACAAAACUCACAUCAACUCAAAUUAUCCGAAUUAUUAUUUUUCCCCUUUUUUUUCUCUCUAUCGGGUGGGAGGUAUUUCUCUCGUGGUUUUUAAUUAAGUUCGCUGCUCAAAAAAAGAAUUGAAAUGGGGGGAAUCGUGUGGGGUUACAAACGCCGCACGAUUUUUCGUUCAAAAAUCGGCAAUUGUUCUUUUUUUAUUUUUUCUCAUUUUUUUUGCUUUGAAUUGUUUUUUUGUGCGUGUGCGUGUUACUUUUACAAGACAAACAAAAAAUGUGGAAAUUCACUCAAAACUUAUUUGAUUCGGUUCUCUUUUGUACCGGUGAAGAGGAAUCUCCCAAUGUGUUUCGAUUAUUAUUCAAUUUUCUUUGGAAAUUUUGUUUGAAUUAAAAUCUACGCGUGUCUGUAUUUGCGUGUAUUAGUUACGUGAAUGUGUGUGUACAUCAAAAUGAAUGUAAAACUUAUCAUUUC